AUGAUAAAGAAUGCAGUGGACAUACUCGUCUGCUCGUUCGCCUACGCACUUGUCGGUAAGUGCCGGAGAGGAGAAGGGAGAGAUGAGGCGGGCGGCCUUGAUUGUGCGCGGGGCGGGUGGGUAUGUUCAGGUUUUCAGCUGUCCUACGCAACGGCCGACCCCUUUGUACCUCCGGAUGACAUGGCCAGAUUCUUCUUCAAUCUGGCAUUCGCCAGCACCGGUAUGUAUGAAGACACACAAAGCGGGGUGUGCGCAGAUGACUGUCUGUUUCUCCAUCACCGUUUGUGACAGCCGCCACGAUCCUGAGUGGUGCGUUGGCGGAGAGGCUUCGUUUGAACGCCUACAUCAUUCUUACUCUUGCUGUCGGCAGCGUCAUCUACCCCAUCGUGACGGUACGUAUGUGGCAGUCACUUCCGAUUCAUUUCCGCCAUGCGUGUGGUGUGGUGUCUCAGUGGUGGGUGUGGGCCGAUGACGGUGAGCAAUCGGACGGACAAGAGGGCACAUUAGCCUGGCAUGUAUGAAUGCAUUGGUGCGUGGCUGCACUGGCUGGCUGCAGGUCUCCUGCAGAAACAAGGGUACAUAGACUUCGCUGGCGGCAGUGUGGUGCACGUCUUGGGGGGCGUUGGCGCCCUCACUGCCGCAGCGAUGCUCGGCCCACGUGUGGGGCGAUACCCGGAGUACUCUCCGUGGGACAUGCCCGUGCUGCGUCGACUGCUCGGUCGAAGCCUGGACCCCGACCAAUACAUGCUUCCGCCGGGAUUGCCGGCCAUUGAAGACGCACCACACCCCUUCCGCAUCGUCUCAGGCACCCUCUUUCUAUGGUCUGUCUGUUAUAUCUUGGAUACUGAUAACGCCUGGACAUUGUGUUUGUGUUUGUGUGUUACGUACAGGGGUGCGCGGUACGGAUUCAAUUGUGGCUCGACCAUGGGUGUGACUGCCGGCGGUGCCUACGUGGCUGCCCGUGUGGCGGUGAUCACAACGAUGGGUGCCGUGGGCGGCGGGCUGGCCAUCGUUGCCAUCAGCAUGAUGUCCAGGCGAUGGGUGCCUCUGCGUCUCUGCACGGGCAUACUCGCGGGGCUCGUGUCCAUCACGGCUGGUUAGUCUGAGAGACAUGAAGCGGAGCUCUUGAUCGUGUUUAUCGUGUGUCGGUAGGUGCGCCUCACCUCGGAAUGUACGAGGCAAUGGCUGUGGGUGCUCUUGGGGCGUUGUUGGCCCGGCUGUCGACGGCAAUCCUCAAGUGGUGCCAGAUCGACGAUGUCGUCGGUGCCUUCGGCACGCACGGCGUGCCCGGUGCGUGGGGUGUGUUGGCCGUGGCGCUGUUCGCCAAGAGUGCCAGCUGCGGAGACUAUACCACGGUUGGGCUUUUCUAUGCCGCCACCAAGGAGCAAGUCAACGAGGUCACAGACAGACAGACAGACAGAGAGAGACCGCGGACCUGGAUGGAUGCCCUCCUGUGUGUGUGUGUGAUUUCGAUGUCUAGGCUUUUGUGCAGGUCGGUGUGCAGCUUGGCGGCCUCCUGCUGAUCAUUGCCUUCACGUCUGCAUCAGUCGCCAUCGUCUGCUUUGUACGUUACGUGAUCAUACAGACACGAACGUCACAUAGCGGAUCGCAUGUCCAUCUCUGUUGUGUGCAGGUGCUGAAUCAGACGCCGAUGAAGCUGCGUGUGUCGUUCGGAGAGGAACUGACGGGCCUGGACUGGAUGGAGCAGUCCAUAAAGAACAUGCAUCAGGCCAGAAUGGAGGUCGUCGAGUCCCUCGUGCACUCCGUCGCGGGACUUAACGCAGGUGUUAUUGAGCAUGACACCAUCAAUUGUUAUCUUAUAACUAGCAUUUGUCUGUGUGUCCGGGCGGUCAGAAUGGGACCUAUCGUGAGAAAGAUAGCUGCGCUGAUGUGUCUCAUGCAUUGAUAUACAUCCCAUCUGGUGCUUGCCAAUGUCAGGUGGUUGUCGGCUGAAGCGAAGCGCUUGAAGCUCCACAAGUCGACUUCACGAACAAUGGAGGUGCGUGCAGACAGCCUGAUAAGAAUCCUUUGCCUGUCGCUUCUUGCCAUCGAUCAGACGACUUUGAAUCACUUCGUCAAGGCCAGCCGAGCCCUCAGAGAUGCUUCGGCGCAGAGACGGUCCAGCACGGGCUCAGAGGUGGAUGUUGAGCUGCCUGUCUUCAUGCCCCUGGGCACUCUGGUGGUGCUCGUGCAUCGCGCGGAGAUGAAGAAAGGCGUAAGAGGCAGCUGGGGAGACACCACUGCAGUGAAACACGAAGCCACACGUCCCUCUCUCUGCACGUGUGUCUGCUACUUACUGCAGGUGAGCACACCGGAUGACCGAACCUUCUUUGUCGAAGUCAAGCUUGUCCGGUCAGCACUGUGUAGUCAGCCGCACCUCUGACAUAUGUGUGUGUCAUGUCAUGCGUGCCACUAGUGGCGACCCCGACAGCGCCGAUGGCACAGCCAAACUGCAGCCCCACCCCGGAUUCCGCAGAGCACGAGACACAGCCAUCGUGGACGAAGCUGCGACCCAAUCCGCAUACGUGUGGGAAGAGGUGGGCCAGGACCCAUUAAUGGAUCAUGACAGCCUUCUGGUCUGUGACAGUUUGUCUGUCUGUCUGUCUGUCUAGCCGUUGGUGUUUGCGAAUGUGGGCAAUGAGGUGGUCAACGAUUUACUCAUACAGGUGGGCCGCUAUCGACACACGCCACAUAUACGUGUGUGUGUGUGUGUGUGUGUGUGAUAACUUGACUAGUUCAAUGUGUACGAUGCCCGCUCGCUUCGGGACAUGCGCGGCGACUGCUUCGGUUCGUCACUAGCGACCAAGGCACUCGCCAAUGACGUCAGCGCCGCCGCCGCGGGGUUCAAGAAGAAACACUCGAUAAUGACAGGCAGCGUACGGAUGGGCAUACCCGAUGCACGCCCUUGCGGACGGACAAUGCACCCUUCAGGCGUUUUACCCAGCCUGCCCGUCCUCUUGGGAGCAGGACCUGGCCGGAGACGACUUCCAAAAGGACAUGAUGGAAGGGGUCAGCACAGCACCGUGAGACACCAACAGACACUCUCAUCGUGUACUCAUGGAAGGAAGUAUGGAUACAUACGUCUUUGUGUUGUCAGGGCGUCAAGACCAAAGAGCUGUGUCGGGCCAUCAGGCUGGAGGCGCGACGGAGUAGCCUCGCCAGGCGAAUGUGCGUAAGGACGGUGCACCGCACUGCACUCACAGAAACCUGCACAGACCUGUUCGCCCACCCAGGUCAUUUAUGCGCAAGGACGACGAGAAGAAAAUCAUUAUUACCGGCAAGCUGUACUUCUCCAUCGAGUUCAGGACGAGCGAUUUUGACAAGGUCGGUCACACGGACACUCACCGUGUGUCGCUCACAACGUCCCGUUAUCCUGUGCAUCCACCCCUCCAUCCGUCCGUGCAGUCUCUGUCGAAAGCUAUAUCAUCGCUGGUGGCGGUCGACAAGCAGCUGGAGGCCAGAAAGCGCAAUUCGAUACCAAGUCAGCCAACAAGAGUUCAUCUAUGUGUGUAUGUGUGUGGCAUGGACCACCUACGCAGCUUCUGAGCUCGACCUGCCCAUAAGUCCGACUGCGGGCAAGGGCUCUCUGUCCACCUUCAGCCGACGCACACACAACUUGAUAAAAAAGGGAAUCGCCAGGAUUGGUGAGAGCAAGACACAACGCCUCAGCUGUCUCACCUCACGUCGUGUGUGCGUGUGUGUGCAGCCAAGUCGAUGGCUCGUUCGCCCAAAAGCGGCGAUGCGCUCCAGCCAGGUCUGGAUAUGUUCGCUCACCGGCGGAGGGCCUCCGUCGGCCGCUGCUCCGUCAUGAGCAACGACGAGCGGGUCUCACUCGAGGUCGACGCACCGCCCCUCCAAGCCGCACCGUCUGCAGCACACCUCCUCGCCGCGCCCAAAAUCAUCAGCUCUUAA